GACCAAUGAACACCGCCUCCAAAUUGAAUCAGUGCUAUUCAGUGGUUUGUGCAGCCAUGGGAGCAAUCAGCCAAGAGUGAGCGGCUUGAUCACCAAAUCUUUGCACAGCUGUCAAUCGAUUGUGCGACUGCACAUUGAGUGGGAGUUUGCCAUCGCUUGCUGGUGCUGGGGUGCUGGAGUCUGAGAGUAUCGGCACAAAGACAAUCAGCAUUUUUGAAAACAUGCGCUGAGAUGACAUUAAAUUACAAUACAUUUAAUUGAGCAGGCAGAUGUGACAAAGUUGAAAAGCUCAGACACUUCGGAGCAAGACAGACAAGCCAUGCAAUGAGGCUGUGAGAUGGAACAUGUUUGAACACUAUAUCAUGCUAUAUUUUUGAAUGACCUUCAACAAAUCCUCGCUUAUUUUGCGUCUUGACUUAUCACAGAGCUAGUACUCGCAGAGUUGAUGUGAUCUUCGGAAAAGGAUCAGCUUUUGUUUUUUGGUUUCAUCGUCGCCAGCCGUCAAUGCUUUUUGAUCUUAAGCUAUCUUAAACUGACUUGAGUGAAGAAGCGCGAGUUUUGACCGAUCCUUUUGCGGGCAUUUGGACUCAGCACGGGUUGCCAAAGGCAAACAAAGAGUCCGCGUGCUUCGAGCUGCAUCAGGCUACUCCCUUUCUCGUCACUUCCCAUCCUCAAAAUCCUCAAAGUUCCACAUCAAGUGGACGGCCUCACAUUCUUCGCAUUCCUUGGAUUCCUGGUGGCAAUCAGAUUCCUUAGAUCAACAGGUGCCUCCCGCGCCAUGGCACAAGAGGUAUCAAAAGGUGAGGCAUUGCUCGCCAAGGUGGGCAAAAAGAGGAACUCGGACGGACUGAGGCCUCAUGAGGUGAAUCCAGAGAUUCUACCUGCUUUGCCGCCAGUCAGGCAAAAGGACGGCAAAGAAAUGAGCUAUCCUGGACUGUACCAGGUGACUACUGGCGUGGUUCCAGUGAAGGGCGUGCCUCACAUCUCUGGGCAAGGACUUGGCUUGCUCAAAGGAGGGCACAGGUUCUUUGCAGUGCCUUACAACAUCAAUGGUUAUGAAUGGUUAAGACUUGAGAAGGAGGAUGUACCACCCCCGCUCUUCGCUGCCAUUGAUAAGUCCAAAGAGAAGCUCAACAAGCUCGAAGAAAUGUAUUGGAAGUCUGUUCCCAGCCUCGUCUCCUCCAAACCCAGCUUGUACUCCGAGCCUGCCCUAUGGAUCCGAAAUGAGGUCAAGACUUUGACACUCCUCCGACAUGGCCGGAUACAGCGAUCCAAGACGUCCGUUGACUUGCCAAAGGACGUGUUAAGGUCAAUGGAGCGGAUGCAAAAUGCCAGUGCAAGCAUGAUCAGACGCUUCAAAGAGCCCUUACAGAAUCGCGAGUUGAAGGAUUGGGUCCGUUGCGGUGGCGGGGCAUGGACCAACUUCUCGGAGUACGGGUUGUUCCGUCCUCCCAAUGACAAUUGCGGACGAUGGCGACAAUUAGAAGAUCGGCCUUUAAGGGGCAACGGUUGACAUGUCGUAUUAUUUAAGCAAAAUUAAUCAAAUAUGCAUUUAUAUAGAAAUC